ACCUGACAAACAAAGUAUCAAUUAUAGCAGGGCAGUCGGACCAUCAGAUCAAUCAUACAGCGAUUGACGAGAGACUGGACCAGUAGGCAGGCCUUGGUCCUAGGAACAGCUCCUCUCGCACUUCGCACGUGCCUCAAGCGACAGCACGCGUCAUGACGGGCGAGCCUUAGCCUCUCAGUUGAGGAUCACUAUUGUUUUACAGGGCAUCACACAGCGGAUGGUAAUUGGUAUCUGGCUAAAUCUCGCCAAAGCGGCAAGUGUGAAUCUCAAGCUGACAAUACCGUGUUAUCGUUGUUGGGAUGGGAUUCCGCUAAGUGCAGUGGUGCUGAAUUAAGGGCAUGGCCCUGUGAUGUCGCAACGUGUUGGAGUAGCUGGGAGAUGUGUUGAUUUCGACUUUGCUCUCUGAUGGAAUAUACAGUCGGACUUAGGACCAUGCUAGACAUAGAACUUCUUCUCGCCGUAUGUGUGGCGUUCGAAUUUGGAUUUGCUCAAGACGACCGAGUUAUCGACGAAACACCAAUAACUGUUAAGGUCAUUUCCGGAUCAACCGCCAUUUUGCCUUGCACCGUUGACCCUAAAUAUACAGAGAGCUAUGGCGACCAGUACAGCGUGUUAUGGCAGAACCCCAUACAGACUGUAAUCAGUGUCCGAGACAGGCGAGUCUUAACUGAUAUGAGGAUCAGCGUUGAGAGACCCUUUCUUAGCGACUGGAACCUCCACAUAAGGAAUGUUUCGGUGACAGACAAAGGGGAAUACAAGUGUCAAAUAAACACAGACCCUGUUAGAUCAAAAAGGGUGAAGCUAGUUGUCCAGGUUCCGCCUACUAUUAUAGACUACACAGAAUCCAAUGACGUGAAAGCACGCGUGGGUGAUCACGUGGAACUCAUGUGUAAUGCGACGGGGAUACCACCUCCUGUUAUCACGUGGUACAGGCUGAACGUGUGGGGGUCGAAACUAAGAGAAAAGGUUGGCAAAGAAGGGAACGUGUUACGUAUUCACAACAUCACGCAAUCCUGUGCCGACACAUACGAGUGCCUGGCCAAUAACACUGUUCCACCAGUCAUGAAUAGACAAAUUCAAGUCACUGUCGAGUAUCCUCCUCAAAUUCGCCUGCACAAUUCCAGGAUAAGUCAGAUGGUUGGCAAGGAGACUAUUUUGGAAUGUAUAAUCAGUGCCUCGCCCCUGGGUGUUACAUCAUGGACAAGGAACAACAAGCGUCUCUCAAACAGUAUCAAAUAUGAGCUCGAUCUUUACAACGAUGGCCAGGACAAGAUAACACUCAGUCUUCGGAUAGCUCACAUAGACCGCUCAGAUUUCGGGGAAUACGUAUGUGAGGCCUCCAACAGUUUAGGAAAAACAAAAGCUAUCAUGAAGCUUGUAGAGGUAUUUCCAGUAACAACAACAACACCUCCUCCGCCAACGACGACGACAAUACCUCGUCACAUAGUGGUGCUGGAAAACGACAAUGAUGACCAUAAGAGAAAGCAUGACACAAAUAACUGGGACGGCAAUAAUGCCUUCCUGGAUGAGAACAAAUGGCAAGGAAACAGCUGGAAUACACAAGCACCGGGUAAAAGACCCGUCACGCCAGUGGCCAGAAACCCAGACAGAAAACAACCACUCACGGGGGUAUUCGGCACAGGGUCGUAUAGUGCAGGGGCUAAACGCAGUGCUUCGUCAGUGAGUAUUGUCCUAGCAAUGAUGAUGUCAAUAGCCUGCAGCUUCAGGCCCAGUGUUUUAAACGCUCAGUGAUAAUCAUUCCCUGCAGACUGUUUGGAUACAUGGAGAAAUGCAAACACAUAUUCAACGAUGUGAUCUGGUGACAAGAGUCUGUUGUGGACACCAGCAUUGUCGAUAGAUGUGCGUAUCGAGAGACCGUGGUCGUGUGGUGGGGCUUGAGAACAAUUCAUCCUUCAAGGAACGGCUUUACACAUCUUCAAUGCAAAGAAUAUGGGAAUCAAAUAUGAUACUUGGUGGGAUACCACCAUUGCUAUUUUGAUGUGGAUGUGAAGUAAAAUAUAUGAUGUCAAACACUAUGGUAGCAUAUACUAAGCUGUGUGUGAAUCAUUACAUAUACAUGAUGUUUUCUUUCAUGAAACACCAGGAAAACUGCAACCAAACACAAACGACAAGGCUACAAAUAUAGACUAUUUCGUGUCACAUAUUUUAGGCCUUUUCUGAUUUUGACUUUGGGUCUUAGAUAGACGCACAACGGUGAGGUUAUUACUUCUGAAAGCUAGUGUAAUGUGUGCAAAUGUUUGAUCGCUCUCGUGCUUUAGCUCUGAGGCACAUACGGCAUUUGUAGUUAUCGAGGAUAACGGGUGAACGUAACUGAUGUGUGUUGAUGUUGAACACAAGAGGAAAUGGACCCGUUUGUUAUCAGUGAUUUUUACUAUUGUGGGGCAUAAAGGAAACAUUGUUUGCUCAAAAAAGUAUGGGAACUCAUGUGUAUCAAUUAGUUGUGUCUGUAAGGUAUGCCCAAGCACAAGAUGUUUGACUGGAUAUUUUGUAAGGGACCCGGUUACAACUGGUUCUAUUUCUGACAAGAGAUUAAACGCGAUUAAUAGCUGACCUUGAACAGCAAUCAAAAUGAAUCGGUCCAGACAUGUGUAAAAGUUGGAUUUGGUUGUAUUGUAUGUUUGCCUUUCUCCCUAUAGAGUACAGCAUGAAUCCAUUCAUCCCGAAUUCCUUUUUCGACAAUCACAUGAUGCUAGUGAAUACUGAAGUCACUGCUGUUUCUAUGUAUAUAGAGCUCUAUAGAGUUUCAUGGAAGUUACGUUUUAUUUUCAACACAAACAACCAAAUAGAGAUGAAGUAUUUUUACAUAUUUGGUAAUGUAUAUUUGUUUAGAGUUGCAUUCUGAUCAUCUUUAUGACUCUUUGUUGUGGGUUGGCAAGCACAACCGAUAUGCUGAUUAGUGGGUACUCGUAUGGGUAUUGAGAUGAUAUUUCCUCUUACUUCAUAAAUCAACGUGAACUACACACAAAAAUGUGAAAAUGGUCAUGACAAAAUUACAAUUCAUACGGUAAGAACAUUACGCGUGUGUAGCAGUCAGAUUACAAACAGAUGGAGCCACCUGGAAUGGGCUUGAUAUUUUUACCCAUUGGGCAAUCCAAAGUAGCUGGUGUGCUUAUCACUCCACGACUAUCUCCAACAACUUUAAGUGCAGGCAAUAUUGGGCUUAUGAUUUAGUCUUGUGGUAUGCUCACCUUCCAGUUGUCUUAGAUCAUAUUUUAGAAAUCUCAAGUGACCAAAUGUACUUUAACGCUGAAUAUUGUGGCCUACAUCAGCUUCUUUUCGAGAAAGAGUUUCACUUUACAUUUUUGUCGUAGGCAUGUCAUCACAGUAGAGUAUGUUAUGCGCCUUGUUGUAUUUGAAUACAGCUUUAUUUAUUUAUUGAAAGUGUAAUCAUCAAAUCUAAAAGAAACAAACAAGGCCUCCAACAAAGUGCUUCAUACCAUUCUCGAUAAAGGCCAAUCAAGGCCAUGUGGGUUUCAAUUAUAUUCUAUCUUACUGAAAACGUGUGUCAUUCAAUAUGAUUCAUUCAGGACGAGCCAGUAAUGUUUUCUAUACCCACGGGGUAUACACUCAGCCGAAUAUCUGAUUAUUGUCAUGUUUUCCGUGUUCGGGACCAAGUAUAUAUUCACUCUAUGCAUGUGUUCAACGAUAUAUCUGCAGUGGCGUCUAAAUUUAAAGUGUCAAACAAGCCUACUUUCUUCAUUUUUGUGAUGAUAAACGUUAUUUCAAAAUUCACCAAAGACAUAAUGUUUCAAUAUGUUCUUUACCUCUGAUCGUUACUGUGAUUCACAUCUUGAUACGUAUAUUAUAUGUUCCUCAGGACACAUGUCUAACCUCGUUUGCCAACAGGAUGGAUUAUACUUGGUGGUUUAAUGUUUACAUGUAACCUGUUGCCUGUUACUAAGUAUUUUGAGCAGAAUUAUAACACAACAUGCAUACUAUAGAUGUGUUCUACUUUGUAUAUAGAUUGGCUAAUAUAAAAUUGAAUGUAUUUCAUUUGGUUAUUUCUGCGAGACCUAUCAACUAGAAGUUUAAAGUCUCCUUAUGUUUUCGUGGACUGAGAUACUUUUUUCCGUAAUUUAAUGUAAAUAUUCAUUGAGUCAUUAAAAUGUUACCAUAUAUUAA